GCCAAGGACCAGAACAAGAAGCUGGAGCUGAAGGAGAACCCCGAGACGGGGGUCUACAUCAAGGACCUCUCCUCCUUCGUGACCAAGAACGUCAAGGAGAUCGAGCACGUGAUGAACCUGGGGAGCCAGACGCGCUCCGUGGGCAGCACCAACAUGAACGAGCACAGCUCCCGCUCCCACGCCAUCUUCCUCAUCACCAUUGAGUGCAGCGAGACUGGGCCCGACGGCGACGGCAAGCUCAACCUGGUGGACCUGGCCGGCAGCGAGCGCCAGAGCAAAAUGGGGGCCCACGGGGAGCGCCCCAAGGAAGCCUCCAAGAUCAACCUCUCCCUCUCCGCCCUGGGCAACGUCAUCUCCGCUCUCGUGGACGGCAAGAGCACGCACAUCCCCUGCCGGGACUCCAAGCUGACCCGCCUGCUGCAGGACUCCCUCGGGGGCAACGCCAAGACCAUCAUGGUGGCCACCUUGGGCCCGGCCUCGCACAGCUACGACGAGAGCCUCUCCACCCUCCGGUUCGCCAACAGGGCCAAGAACAUCAAGAACAAGCCCCGGGUGAACGAGGACCCCAAGGACACCUUGGCGUUGCUGCGGGAGUUGCAGGAGGAGAUCGUGCGGCUGAAGGCGCAGCUGGAGAGGCGCGGCAUGCUGGGCAAGAAGAGGAGAAGGAGCAGCCGGAGGAAGAAAGCGGUGGACGGAGAAAGCGCCACGGAGAACGAAGGGGAGGAUGACAACGAGGACGGCCUGGACAAGAACAUGGAGAAUUACUUGAAGGAGCAGAAGGAGAGGCUGGAAGAG